CUUUGUUUUCGUCCGCCUCUUCCUUCUCUCCAUAUCUCCAACUUCCUCAUCCAUCUCUACAUCUUCCCACUUCUCUAAAUCCCAAGAACAGCAGACAGAAACAACACCAGGUGCCUUCAGAGCAAAAUGUUCGUCUUUCGUCCCAAGGACCUCCCUCCUGACCCGGUCUAUCCUGCCGAUCUCAAGGAACUAGGAUACUUCAUCACCGACAACGACCAGAUCAAAAAGAUCUCAGACCCAGAGCAAGGAUUCCAGUUCAAAAUCAACCGCAACUCUCGCUGGAAUGACGCCCAACGAGAAGCCAUGAACGCCUGCAUCCGCACCAUCGUCCACUCUCGUCUCCGCGACCAGGGCAUGACAACCCUCCGUCUCCCCCUAACCGCAAGCCCCAAAGAACCACACGUCCCGAUCUUCGUCUCAUCCAACCUCUCCACCGCGAAACGCAUCAUCGUCGUCUUCGGAGAACCCAUCCAAGACAUCGGCAUCUGGGCCUACCGAAGUGUCGGCAUGCAAGGUAUCAACGCCGGCUCAGCAGUCUCGCUGGCGCAGGAGAUCCUCCAUCCCCAGAAGAAAGACCAACAGCAGGCCCCAGAAUCCAACAGCAAGCCGCAGCGCGUCACUUCCGAUACAGCCCUCAUUCUCGCAAACACAGGCCAGCUGAUCUGGCAUUGUGGUGGUCAACAUGCAAUCACCCAUGCUAGCUGGAUGGCUCUCCCGCGGCGUUCGGCUGUUGAUCCGCCCUAUACGAUGACGGGCCGUAACUCGGUUCCUGAGAAUGCUAAUUGGCAGGAACAUGUGGAGAGUGUUUUUGAGGAGGUUCUGGCUGCGAGGGGACGGCUUGUUAGGGAGGAUGCUGAGAUUGAUAUCAUUGGUAUUUCUGAGGGUGGGCUUGGUGCGAUUCGGUAUUUGGCGAGUGAUUGGUCCUCUUGGAGCUCCUACAUCAACGCAAUCUGCCUCGCCACCCCCCUCCACUUCGCAAACAUCGACCUAAACCCCUACGACAACGACAACGACAACGAAUCCGAAGCCGAAACCAACAACAACUCCAACCCCAACUCAUUCACCUCCUUCCUCCUCGCCCGCGGCCGCGCAUACGUCGUCUCCCCCGAACCCCGCGGCGUCCCCGUCCCCGGCAUCGAAGAGCAUGGUUGUAACUGUUUCGCAUCCGGGGAGGAGUUGAAUAUCGAGUGUGUUAUGGGGGCUGCGUGGAAGGAGAUGGUGCAGUGGUUUGAGAAGGUACAUGCGGAUCCGGAGUAUUGUGAGAAUCGGUAUGAUGUGACAACGGUGGAUGCUGAGGGGGGUGUUGGUCCUGUGAGUGGUGUUGAGGUUGUCCAUGCGGGUGUUGAUGGUGAGGAUGAUAAUGGGGGUGUUGCGCUUGGGGAGGUUUAGGGUUCUCAUUAGGCAAUUGGCACAAGGUAGUUAAUGGGGUUAUCAAGAUGAGCUUAGAAUUUAGCGUAGGAAGAAAAUAAUGAAAACAUCAAGUCGU